AUGGAGACUACCCGGCGCUUCGCAGGCGCAUCCCGCAGCGCCCCGAGAGCCCGGCUGGCCCCGGCCUCUCGCUGCGCCGUCUCCAAAAGGGGAGGGACUUUGCCAACUCUCCGGCCCCGCAUCGCCGGCGCCCGUGCCCAGGUCAGGCACCCGCGGGACUCCCCUGCCCCGCCCGGGACCGGCCGGCCGCAGACUCCGAAAGGGGACGGAGCAGCAGCCGCUGCCUGCGCGCCUUUGCGGGGUGCCCGCCCGCGGGGCUGGGGCAGGAGCCGGGGACCCGCCCCCGCAGCGGGACGGUGGCAGAGGAGGAAGGCGAAGGGGGCCGGCUCAGAGGUGGCUGCGCCGGUGCUCAGCGCUGGCCCCGGGACCGGGCGCUGCAUCCUCCCGCGGCUGGGCAGCGGCCGGGGGGGCCCCGCUGUGCCAGGCUCGCCCGGGCCCGCGGGGAGGCGGCGGCGGCCGCGGGGAGCAUGUGCCGGCCGGGCGGCGCUGGCCGGCCCCCGGCAGCGGCGCCCCAUGGGAGGUAGCCGCGGCGGGCUGGCGGGGCAGCUGGGCGGGUUGCUGCGGGCGCAGCCCCGCGCCUCCCUCGGCCUCCCCAUGUUGCUGCUCGGCACCUACUUCUUCUACUGCCUGACGGGCUCCUGCGAGCCGCUGCCGCCCGCCGCCCCCGACCGGCCCGAGGAGCAGGCGGCGGCCGGGGGCCGGUCCGGUCCGGGCAGCCGGCGCUUCCCGCAGGCCAUCAUCGUGGGGGUGAAGAAGGGCGGCACCCGGGCGCUGCUGGAGUUCCUGCGGGCGCACCCCGCCGUGCGCGCCCUGGGCGCCGAGCCCCACUUCUUCGACCGCGGCUACGAGAAGGGGCUGCGCUGGUACAGGAACCUGAUGCCGCGGACUAUAGAGGGGCAGAUCACGAUGGAGAAAACCCCGAGUUACUUUGUGACCAAGGAGGCCCCCAAACGUAUUUACAACAUGUCCAGGGACACCAAGCUGAUUGUGGUGGUGAGGAACCCAGUCACCAGGGCCAUCUCGGACUACACACAGACACUGUCCAAAAACCCCACCAUACCCAGCUUCCAGGCACUGGCCUUCAAGAACAUCAGCACGGGCCUCAUCGACACCACAUGGAGUGCGGUGCGGAUCGGCAUCUAUGCUAAGCACCUGGACAACUGGUUGCAGUACUUCCCUCUUUCAAAAUUCCUCUUUGUCAGCGGGGAAAGACUCGUGAGUGACCCAGCUGGGGAGAUGGGCCGAGUGCAAGACUUCUUGGGUCUCAAGAGAGUCGUGACAGACAAACACUUCUAUUUCAAUGAGACCAAGGGCUUCCCUUGCCUGAAGAAGCCUGAAGGAAGCAGCCGGCCCCGCUGUUUGGGGAAGUCCAAAGGGCGGCCUCAUCCAAAAAUCCACGGGCAGGUGAUCCAGCGCCUGCAGGAAUUUUAUAGACCCUUCAACAUGAAGUUCUAUCAGAUGACUGGGCAGGACUUUGGGUGGGACUGAGAUCUCACCAGGCCAUUGGCUUUCUAAGCCACAGUGGGGAGAGGGCAACUAGUCCCCUUAGCAGACCUACAGGGCCCUUUGCACAUUGUGUGCCAAGCUGCCCAGGGACUCUAGCAUAGGUGUGUCCAAGGCAAACUUUUGGAAGACACUUCCCAUGUUCUAAUUUAUAAUGGACCUGUUCCUGGAGAGAAAUGUACACUUACUGAGUAGAGAGAAAUAUUUAAGAAAGAAAAACAAACAAACAAAACCCCCAACCCCAGAUCAGAUUAAAUAUUCUUCCAUAUAAAUCUUGCUAAUCUAUAUUAACCGGAAUGAUUUUCAGAUGGGGUGUGUGUGUGUGCGCACGUGUGGGUGUGUGUGUGCGCAGUGACAAAGGCACUAAGAUUCACAAUAAAGCUUUGCAAAUUAGAGUUGGCCUCCUAAUGCUGCUGUAAUAUUCACAAUCAGCCAUCCCGACCCUUUUAAUUAGCAGGGGAGAGGGCCCCAGCCAUUAGUACUGUGUUUAGUUCUUGGAUGCCUUUCUUGCAAAGGGACACUAAAGAUAACAACUGGAGCCAGGUUCGAAGCUGCUGUACAGCAAUGUAGGUCCAUUGACUUCAAAGGAGCUAGGUUGGUUUACAUCAGCUGAGGCGCUGGCCCGGUAUAUUAAAAACACAAGUGAUUCAUGAUGAUAACAUGUUAGGAGCCUGAUCUUGCCCCUCCCAUUGGAGUCAAUGGAAUUUUGACUUUAUUGGGGCCAGUAGCAUGCCCCAGUUUUAAAAAAAAUCUUAUUUACUUUUUAUGCUAGUGUGUGUGUGUGUGUGUG